UGACUAUGGUUGUAUCGGUUGUCAGUUGAAUUUGAUCAGUAGCACGGUGCUCACGUACAUCUGGGCUCCAAGUGUGUUAUUUUGUUGUUUCCACAUUCGAUGUGAACGCUUUUCGUUUGUAACGAAAACACACAACAAUUGAGUACAAACAAGUUGCUUGUUAAAACAGUUGGGUGAUACGAAAAACGCGGAGAGAAAAUUUAAAUCGUUUUGGUUUUAUUUUUAUAAGAAAAAUAAAAGCGUUAUCAAUCAAUUAGAAAUGAGUGCCGUUGACGAAAUAAUCAAUUACCAAAGAAGCGCCGAUGAAGAUCUCUACGGCAUAUUGAAUUGCACCGAACAAGCCACCGUCGAACAAAUUCAGGCUGAGUACAAGAAAUUGGCGUUGGAAUUACACCCGGACAAGAACAGCGGUGACAAAGAAGCCGAAGCAAAAUUCCAAAAAAUCCAGGAUGCCAAAGAGACUCUGCUCGAUCCAGCAAAACGUGCCAAUUACGACAAAUGGCGAAACAGUGGCAUCAAAAUCAGUUACAAAAACUGGCUAGGCAUGAAGGAGCACGUGCACCAGUCAAUGCACUGGGCCACACCAAAAACCAAGGACCGCAUGUUGCCGGAUCAGCAAGGAGUCUCAUCAAACUCAAGCGGUUUAUCAGCUGGUCAACCGAAUCCAGCUCAUCGUCGUGCAUCAGAAGGCGGUGCUGCAUUGUAUUUCGGUAAUCGCAAAGCCGAAUGGGGCACGGAAAAUUCCGAUGUCGCCAACAAAUUUCGUAAUUAUGAAAUUUAAAUCAUUUCUCACUCUCAGCUCAACAAACAAUUUUCUCACAUUUGCCAACCAUAUCUAAUUUUUUUUUUUUUUGGUUGGGCUGUCUAAUUACAAAAUGCACAUCAACUUUUAUUGCAAAUCACAUAGACUCACACACACAAACACCUACUCAUUUUCGGUUCGGAUUACAUAAUAUUAUUAAAUAUUAUUAUUGAUGGGCCACGUGAGAGAUAGAGAGACAAAAAACACAUAUAUAGAAUAACAGCAGCGUAAAAUUUAAUUAAGUUGUACGCAACUUGAUCAAUAUUCCAAUCAAGUUAACCGUGGUCAUCGUUUUCAUUUUCAGUCUCACUCAAUUCAAAUACACAUUAUAACAGCGAAACAAAACGGUUUCGUACUGAAUUCAACAACAAUCCAAUACAUGAAAAAAAUAUUUUCCAAAUGUUUACACGAAAACCAUGGACAGACAAAAAAAAACAUACACAUUCAUUCACGAUAAAUCUCAAUCAAGAGAAACAUACAAACAUACAAACAGGCAAAAGGAAAACAAAGAGGGAGGCAAAUAAUUGUCAUUUAACAUUUAUGAGACAAAAACAAAGAGAAAAAAAAAACAUAAAAAAAAUUAUGAACGUUCUAUGUGUUAACAACUGUUUAAAUUAUUAAACUAUUUAUCAGAGAUACAAGUGCUAUAUAAAAAAAACAAGAAAAUAGAAAAAACCACUUGAAAUGAAUUUAAUGUCAUGUUGCAUGUUGCAUCCCCCAUAAAUAUUUAAUAAGUGUUCAAAGAUUAUAUUGCAGUCACAAAAGCUCGCAUAUAUUUAAAAAAAAAUGAUAACAAGAAAAUGUAUUUUUAGUGAAUAGCACAAUAAAGUGAAAAAAAAUAUUAUGAAGUGAACAACACGCAAUGCUUGGAAACUGACUUAUGUAAACCAGAAGAAAAUUCGUAGAUUUGCUGCUCGAACAAUUUUCAAUCAAAAUUGUCAUUUAUGUUUUAUUUUUCUUGCGAUUUUCCAACUAUUUUCGCGUCAGUUAUGAAAUUUAAAUACAAAGAAAAAAAAAUGAACAACUUUUUGAUCUGAGGACCAUGAAUCUAUUGUCGAAUUUAAAAUAUGAGAAUUUUCUUCGUUAUUUUUCGUUUCUGGUAAAACUUUGUCCUUAAAAUGCAAAAUGAUUGUCACAAAAGUAAAAUGGCAUUUUUUUUGUUCUUCUCACAAAAACAAAAUUGAAAAAAACAAAAUUAGUUUGACAAUAACGUUUGAAUGGAUGAAAUCAAGCAUGCACUAUUCAUUUGAAUGAAUUUGAUCAAACAGUCGUGAUUACAAAUCGCAUUGGAAAAAUGCCAUUUUGCUUUCAAAUCGCUUUGAUGGUUGCGUGAACUUUUUCGAUAUUACGAAUCUAAAAUGCAAAGAAAAUGAACUAAAAAAAAAAGUCAAAAUAAAAACGAACAACAGAAAAAACUGCUCAGCUCUUCUUCGAACAACAACAACAACAACCAUUUUCCUUUGCCACAAAUCGAAAGCUCAAGAAUCAUCAACGCGCAAAAUUCUCAACAUUUUAAAUUCGAAUAAUUCGCGUCACAAAAUGGAUAAAUUCAGAUUAUUUUGACAAAAAAAAGUCAACAGAAAAACUUAGUUUUUAACAUUUGAGUCCCCAUUUUAUUGCAAUUCGUAUUGAUAUUUGUAAUUGCACUCACAAGCACACAAACACUCUAUAAAACUAGAGAAAAGUAAAGAGAAGAAAAAAACAUUAAAAGAAAAAACUACUGAUGUCAAUCCUUGUCAUAUUAGAUGUUUGAUAAAAAUUAAAUGUGUGAACACAUAGUAAGAUAUCCAUUCGCCUGGCUCAACCGAGCAGCUAAUAAACAGAAACGAAAAACUUUCCUUGCUCUACUUUUACUUCUUACUAUAUAAUUUGAAAAGAAAUGGAACACACACACACACACACAGUUGAACAUGGUCCCUCGAUCUGAUAUUGAUUUUUUUGAUUCACCGUGUUCAGUACACCCUUUCAAUCCGAAUUUCAAUGUUCUGCAUGUGAAUUGGGUUUGUAAAUCGCUGGAUUUGUGUGCACCAUCAGUGUGACCACAAACAAUGCACUUCCACUUAAAUUCGACCGAACUGUUUUCGAAUGCGUUUGAAUAUCAAUUCGGUUUUUUUUUUCUCUUUUGGCCAUCAAUAACCAAAACAUGAACCAUUCAAUCAACAACAACCCACACAUGGAACAUUUUAAACGAUAAAGACUUAAUAUUUAAAGAAAAAACCAAAAAAAAAAUUUAACACUAAAAUGAUAUAAAUACAUUUGUUAAAUUACCUGGAGAGAGCUUAUUUUUUGUCGAUUAAGAUGCCAAUGAACGACCAAUGACCAAUAUUGAACGAUUAUUGAGAAAUUAACUUCUCCAACCACUGAACACAAUAAAUCCGCAACAAACCGAACCGAACCGAAUCGUAUCAAACAGAAUAAGACCCACAUUUAUUUCUUCAUCCUUCAAUCCCUAGAUCUCCCUCUAUUUAUAUACAUAAUUUUGUAACUAUAUACCCUUGAAUGAACAAACAAAGAAAUUAUAAGGGAAUAUCUGUAAACAUGGACAAGCAAAACUCUUCCAAAUAUUUACGAUAACAUUUCAAAACCAUUUUAUUGAUGAAUGCCAAUCAGCUACCAUUCACGAACAAUGGAUCUUUAUUACACUUUGAUGAAAACAUAACAAAAUGAACAACAAUAACAGCAAACAAUAUAUACAUAUUUUUAAUGUAAAGUCCAUAGAAGGAACAACAAAAAAAAACAGAGGAAAAAACACUUUCAUACAUAUUCUACUAUGUGUGCAUAUUACGUAACCUCUACAUAAUAUUUAUUGGACGAUUUAAUGCACACCAUUGCCAGAAUGAACAUGGAUGCAACACACAAUUUAUUUAUCUAUGUAUAUUUAUGUGAUACAAAACACAUUCCACUAAAUAUAUUUAAAGAAAAAAACUAUUACCUGUAUGUUGAAUGUAAAUUUAUUGUAUUUUCGAAUAUUUAAAUAAAUGAAAGAUUCAAAUUACCACACACAACCAAA